AUGGCAUCCCCACACAAAGACGAUGCCCGUGGCUGCCCUGUGAAUAACCAGGAGGUCCAAAACAGCAGCGUUUCGAUUUUUACGACGAUCAAUUCGACUUCUCCGAACAGCACAAUCACCACCAGCAACACUAACUCGACGAUCAACAUCAGCAGCGGAGCUACAGGACAGGGAUUUCCUGUCAAUGCCCAUGAUCACACUCAGUCCGCCGAGUUGAAUGAGACCCACGGCCACGGGGAUGCAGUCCGGAUGGAGGUGCGUGGACAGAAUGGCAACCCGAUCAUCGAGGAUUUCGACCUGGAUGAAUUAAACCUCCACCUGCCAAGGAAUAUUCAGAUGAGCUUCGAGACAGAAGCCAACUGCGCCAAGAUUGGCCCGAUCCCGAGGGGGGGAGUUCUAGGCAUGGAUGGCUGGCGCCGCUCGGAGCCCAGAUCUGCUAUGGUACGGUUGAUUCUAUUUCAUACCCGAACAACAAACCAAGCCAUAAAGACACUAAUCAAACCUUUGAAGACUGUUGAUGAGGUUAUGGCCCUCGACGCAGCCACGCCUGACCCAUCCAAAAAGGAAGAAAGCACUGAAGCUAUAUGA